UUCACACGGUGGACAUGGGUCAAUAUUUUCCUCCCAACCAAACACAGCACUGCCCAUUUUUUUCAUUCAGGCCACGCUCCUCCUAACAAGUGUGGGGGGUUUAUCUUCUGAGCCGAAGAAAAAUCAAGGUAACAGCAAUGGCUCUUCUACCAUCCUUUCGCCAUCUCCUCAACAAUGUCUUCUGGGCUUCUUCGAGACCAACAACAACCAUGGCCUCAUUGUUUCCCCAAUUCUCAAUCCACACCUCAAAAAAACUCUCUCUCCUCUUCUCUCCCACCCCCAAUUCCAAAACCCUAGCAAAACCCCAUCUCUCCCCUCAAGAGAAAACACUGGUACUGACGAAAGAUGAGAGAUUGGGACAGAGUGCUGUGAAUUCGGACCAUGUUGCUGCGAGUUCAAGCACGAUUGCAGCCAUUGUCACUUCCUUGGGAGGUCCGCCCGGUGCGGUGGGGAUUGUCCGGCUGUCUGGUCCGUCGGCGGUGGCUAUUGUUGGCCGCGUGUUUCGUUCUGCGAAGAAGAAGGGGAAGCGCUCGGGUUGGCGGCCCACGAGCCAUGUUGUGGAGUACGGCGUGGUUUCGGACUGCCAUGGGAAUGUCAUUGAUGAGGUAUUGGUGGUACCCAUGUUGGCUCCAAGAUCUUACACGAGAGAAGAUGUGGUUGAGCUACAAUGUCAUGGGAGUGAAGUGUGCAUGCGCCGUGUAUUGAGAGCUUGUUUAGAAGGUGGGGCAAGGCUUGCUGAACCAGGAGAGUUCACCCUCCGUGCCUUUUUAAAUGGUCGCUUAGACCUCUCCCAAGCUGAAAAUGUAGGAAAACUUAUUUCAGCUCAGUCUGUUGCUGCUGCGGAUGCUGCUUUAGCCGGAAUACAGGGUGGCUUCUCUUCUUUAGUUAAAUCACUUAGAGCUCAGUGUAUUGAGUUGCUUACUGAGAUUGAAGCUCGUUUAGAUUUUGAUGAUGAGAUGCCACCACUAAACUUGAACUUAAUUAAGGAAAAAAUACAUGCCAUGUCGGGUGAUGUGGAGAAUGCAUUGGAAACUGCCAAUUAUGACAAGCUCUUGCAAUCUGGAUUACAGAUAGCAAUUGUUGGUCGGCCUAAUGUUGGGAAGUCAAGCCUCCUUAAUGCAUGGAGCAAAAGUGAGAGAGCAAUAGUUACUGAUAUUGCUGGAACCACGCGGGAUGUCGUAGAAGCCAGUAUUUCAGUUCGUGGUAUCCCUAUCACCCUUCUUGAUACAGCAGGUAUCAGGCAAACAGAGGAUGUUGUGGAGAAGAUCGGUGUGGAGAGAUCUGAAGCAGUUGCUAUGGGUGCAGAUGUCAUCAUUUUUACUGUAAGUGCUCCCGAUGGGUGGACCGUGGAAGAUGCGAACCUUUUUGAUAGGAUCCAAUCCAAUAAGGUUUUACAAUUUGCAAUUGGUUCUUCUUCCCCCAUGAUCCUUGUAGUCAACAAAAUAGACUGUGCUCCAUCUGCAUGCUCCGAGUGGAAUACUCAUGGAAACUCUUUCAAUAAGCUCAUUUUUACUUGUGCUGUUUCUGGACGAGGACUACCAGAUUUGGAAAUGGCUAUAUUAGAGAUAGUGGGUCUUAACAGGAUUCCUUCUGGGGGACGCAAAUGGACUGUGAACCAGAGACAAUGUGAGCAACUUGUUCGAACCAAGGAAGCCCUUGUGAGAUUGAAAUCGUCGAUAGAGGAGGAAAUACCUCUGGACUUUUGGACAAUUGAUUUAAGGGAAGCUGCACUGGCCCUUGCGCAGAUAAGUGGAGAAGAUAUCUCGGAGGAAGUUUUGUCUAACAUAUUUGGCAAAUUCUGUAUUGGUAAAUAGUUUUUGUAGCAGAUAAGUCUGUUUUAAAAUAUUUCUUGAAUAUGCAAAUGGCAAAGCAUAAAAACCCUUCCAUUUCUUAGUGUAAUUGCCAUAAAAUGUAUAGGGAGUGUUUGAAAUGUGCAUGUACAUGGUCUUCAUAACUAUGUAUUGUUGCAUGGAGUAUUAGGUUUCCCUCACAUCCAUUGUGGUGAUAAUGAAGAGCAUGUUUCUGUAUUGGCAUUGAAAGAUAGAAUGAACAGAGAAAAUCGAAUGUGAAAGUUAAUAGUCUUUGCAUAUUA